CUAACGGUCGCGGAGGCGGGGCCCCGGCCGCGGGGCGGGCGCGCUGCAAGCUGCAGGCGGCGGCUGAGAUCAAGAUCCAGUUUCGGACAUGCGACUCACUGGGUGACCAUUUUAUUGAGAUCAACUUGGAUGACCAGGUGUAAACUGCAAGAGGAAUCACUAUGACUGAGGGAACUCAAAUUUUUUUAUUGCCAACCUCUUCUUUGGGUUCUACAAAAGAAACGAUGCCUCCAGCAGCCUCUAAAGCCCAGGACUCCAGUCCAUUAUCAAACAGACUCCUGAUUGAAAAACAACAGGAGGAAGCAGAAUGGGAAAGCGUAAAUGGGCUGUUGAUGACACAUGGCUUCAAACCUUUGUGUCUAGUCAAAAGAACCGAUCUCAAAGAUCUCAUCGUUUUUGACAAACAGUCAUCACAAAGAAUGAGGCAGAAUUUGAAAAUGUUGAUGGAAGAAACAACACGUCAGCAGAGCAUGAUACGGGAGCUCAUAGAGAAGAACCAGCAGCUUAAAAAUGAACUUCAGCUAGAACAGAACCGAGCGGCACACCAGGAACAUCGAGCCAAUGACCUGGAGCAGAUUAUGGAUAGCGUGAAAUCCAAAAUUGGUGAAUUAGAAGAUGAGUCCCUAAACAGGGUUUGCCAGCAACAAAACAGAAUACAAGACCUUCAAAAGGAGCAUAAACUGUUACAGAUGAAAUGCCAGCACUAUAAGAAAAAACGAAUGGAGCAAGAAGAGACCAUUGCUUCUUUGCAGAAGGAUAUCUACAGAUUCACCAAAGAGGAAGAAGAGCGUGUUAUCACUCAAAACAGAGUGUUUGCCUAUCUCUGCAAGAGAGUUCCUCACACAGUCUUGGAUAAACAAUUGCUUUGUCUAAUUGAUUACUAUGAAUCUAAACUUCGAAAAUUCCAUGCACAAAGGCAGUGUAAGGAAGAAGACAGUCAGUCAGAAGAAAAAGACUACGGAAACCUGGAUGCCUCACCAAGUUAUAAAAGCCUUCUGAUGUCAUUACAGAAUCAACUCAAGGAAUCAAAAUCCAAGAUUGACACACUGUUAGGUGAGAAGCUGAGCCUCCAAAAAGAUCUGGAAAACAGGCCCACAGAACAUGAAUUAAGACUUUAUAAACAGCAGGUGAAGAAACUGGAAAAAGCCCUUAAGAAAAGCAUCAAAUUACAAGAGAUUAUUGGUCAAAAAAAGGUUGAUGACAUGGAGAAAAAAGAUGAGCCCCCCAAAGACAGCCGUCAACAGGCUCUAAUUGAUCAGAGAUACUUUCAGGUGCUGUGCAGCAUCAAUUCAAUUAUUCACAAUCCUCGAGCUCCAGUAAUUAUUUAUAAACAGAGCAAGGGAGGAGCCCAAAACUUCAAUAAAGAUAUGGUUCAAGAUUGUGGAUUUGAACAUCUCGUUCCUAUAAUAGAAAUGUGGGCAGAUGAACUGACAUCCUUAAAGGGUUUGUAUAAGUCCUUAAAAACGCUGUCUGCAGAACUGGUACCUUGGCAUAAUUUAAAGAAACCAGAUGAAAAUGAAGGUGUCAAAGUAGAAGAUCUGUUGUUUAUGGUAGAUACCAUGCUGGAAGAGGUUGAAAAUGAGAAGGAGAGCAGCAACAUGCCAAACUUUCAAACUUUGCAAGCUAUCGUUUCUCACUUCCAAAAGCUAUUUGAUGUGCAGUCUUUAAAUGGAGUCUACCCCCGAAUGAAUGAAGUGUAUACCAGGCUUGGAGAAAUGAACAACGCUGUGAGAAACCUCCAGGAGCUCUUAGAAUUAGACAGUUCAUCCUCAUUGUGUGUGGUGGUCAGCACAGUUGGAAAAUUGUGUAAGAUAAUUAAUGAGGAUGUGAAUAAGCAGAUUAAACAAGUAUUAGGACCUGAAGACCUACAAAGCAUUAUCAACAAAUUAGAAGAACAUGAGGAGUUUUUUCCAGCAUUUCAAGCUUUUACUAAUGAUCUUCUUGAAAUCUUAGGAUCACUGAAAUCUGAUACCUUAGAAGAAAAAUCAAACUCAGAAAGAAGCCGCUGAAGAACCUGAACUGCUUUGUCUGAAGAUGCAGACCUGGAUCAGCCGCGUCCCUAUGCUUUGUUCUGGAGUGCCACACACCUCUAACUGAACAGAUCUCCCAAAAGAAGGCCUGAGAGCACUCCACUCUGAAACUAAAUCAAGAAGGAACGCUGUGUUCCUUCAGAAGAAAUCAAUUCCCAAAUCCUCAGGUGGAGGGUGCAUGUUGGGGCCCAUGUUGGCUUACUCACGUAGCUGUGCAGAUUUAAGAGGUACCAAGAGAUCAUAAACACGGCCAACUGGAUGCAUUACCAAGACUGUGCUGCUGAUAAAAUGAGUGCCAGAGUUGAGGGGACAUGGCAGAUCCCUACGAAACACUGGUGCAAAGGAGGCACUGGUCAUCUGCUGUGCUUGGAGAAGACUCAUGUGUGCGAGAGCACUUACUGCUAUUGCUGCCCUAGGGUUUGAAUUCUACAUGUAUAGACUUCCUUAUUUUUAUGAACUUUGAAUAGAGAAAAGUCACUCUUUAUAACUCUUUCUUUGUCUCUUACAGAAAUUGAUAACUUGGAUGCCAUUGUACCUGCAGUAAGGAAAUUAAAAGUACUUUCAUACUGAAAA